AUGGCAUCUUUGUACGAAGGUGGCUAUGGUGGCCAACAGCGACAAGGGCCACCCAGGCCUGCCCCGCGACAACAUAAUGGUGCGCCGCCGCAGCAAUACGGAACACAACCACACUACGAACGGCAUCAAAGAGGCCAUGGCUAUGAUGAAUACGAUGGAGGUUCUAGUCAGGGAUAUGGAGGACAAUACCAAGACCAGGGCUACGGCAGAGGAACACCUCCCCACGAUCCUUAUGGACGUGGCGGACGCCCAAUGCCCGGUCCGCACGGAGGGUCAAUUCCUCGCUCACAAACGGCUGAUCCGCAUCGUGGUCCACAGCGCCCUCCUCCCCAUCGAGGAAGUCCAGGUCCAGGCAUGUCAAAUGGACAUCUUGCGCAGAAUGGUAUGCGUCCGGGGCCGUAUGCUGCGAAUUCAGAUCCUGCAGCCCGCCGAAAUCACAUGAACACUCCUCCUAUGAGUCCUCGAGAUGGUCAGUUCGGGCAACAGUAUCCACCACAAGACAGACAAAGACCGGACAUGGGCUAUGAGCAACAAAUGGUGGAUCAAAUGUCGAAAAUGGACAUGAAUCAGAGACAAAUGAUGCCACCAGGUGGACGUGCAAGUUCAGAUACCCAUCGAGGCCAAGGCGAGUACGGCCGGCCGCCAGCAAAUGGAGGUCGCGGGCCUCCUCCCAGAGGAUAUCCACAAGGACCUCCCCCAAAACAAGAUGCAGGCUAUGGACCUCAAGGAGGUUACAGGGAUUACGAUAAUGGGUACCAUGGUUCGCAAGAACCUCCUGCAGGUGGCUUUGGGCCACCAGCGCGAAGCAGGACCAUGCCAGUGGACGACAUGAGGCAGACAGCGAACAUGCCACCCCCUCAACGGAUGGAGUCAAUGCAAUAUAGCACCCCCGCUGGCCGAGGUAUACCUCAACGACCUUCGACUGCUGGCGGUCACCGGGCGCCCCCUCAGAGAUCUUAUACAGCCGGUCCGCAGGGAGGCCCGGCCGCUCCCUACAAUGGCGGCUACAAUGACGAAAGGGCAUACCAAAAUUCACAGAGGGCUUCAUACGAAGAAGUGUAUGACGCCUACUUCGACCCCCAACGGAAUAGCAACUCGGAUUACAGCCAGCAUCCUCAGCAGAAUCGGACCAGCCUUCCUGACUUUGACGCGGCACCAGGCACAGGGCAACGCGAUUCUUUCGAACAGUCAAUGCGUCCUACCCAUGAACAGCCUCAGCGAGUAGCUCAUCAAACAGCGGUACUCAACCAUGCGAAAUCCCAGCCAAUGCUCCGUCAACCUCAAACAGCCAUCUUUGAAAUGGCUGGUGAUGUACCAGAUGUCCCUGCGGUCCCUCCUAUGCCAUCCAUGAGCAACUACCAUACAGCUUAUGAUCAAGAAUACAACCAGCUGCCACCCAGGGGGCCGAGCGCACCAGCAGCAAUGAACGGUAUCCAUACUGGAGGACCGGUGAACAUGGAGGGCCUCCCUACACAUCCCACACCCGUCCGUCCCGGCUUGGCGCAAGACAACAUGGUUCACAUGAGUAGCAAGCCAGCCCCAGUCCGGAACUACGGGGCUUCUACACCAGCACCUCGGCCGCAGCCCCAACCCCAGGCACAGCGGCAGCCUCAGUAUCAACAGCAGCAAUCACCACCUCGUAACAAUGGCUCACAGCCACCUAUCAGAGAAGAAAGUCCCGUCACGACCCAAGAACUGGAGCAUCUCCGAAUGCUUAUUAAAAGCAACGCAAACGACCAGGACUCGGCACUGAGACUAGCCAAGAAGCUAGUUGAAGCUGCAGAUGUGCUGGCACCCAAGAUGCCAGACCCUAAGCAGCGUUCCAGGGCACGUGAACGUUACCUGAUUGACUGUCACAAAAUUCUCAAGAAGCUUGCAAACGCUCAGAACCCAGAUGCUAUGUUCUUGCUGGCCGAUUGCCUUGGAAGAGGUCUCUUUGGUGAAUCUGAUUACAAGGAAGCUUUCACCCAGUACCAGUCUGCUGCCAAACUUGGGCAUGCUGCAGCUGCUUACCGUACUGCGGUAUGUUGUGAAAUUGGCCACGAAGAUGGUGGCGGCACGCGCAAGGACCCAAUGAAGGCGAUCCAGUGGUAUAAGCGAGCUGCAACUCUGGGCGAUCCUCCGGCGAUGUACAAGGUUGGAAUGAUCUUGUUAAAGGGGCUCCUCGGCCAGCCUAGAAACCCUAGAGAAGCUGUGGGUUGGUUGAAGCGAGCGGCAGAACGAGCCGACAAGGACAACCCACAUGCUCUGCACGAGUUGGGGUUGCUGUACGAGUCAGCGCAACCGAAUGAUGUUAUCAUUCGAGACGAGGCAUACGCCUACAGCUUGUUCCUUCAGGCUGCCGACUUAGGGUAUAAAUUCUCUCAAUACCGACUUGGCUGCGCCUUUGAGUACGGGUUGCUGGGCUGCCCGAUUGAUCCUCGACAAUCCAUUCAGUGGUAUUCGAAAGCGGCAACACAGGAGGAGCACCAAGCAGAGCUCGCUCUGAGCGGCUGGUACUUGACGGGCAGCGAAGGUGUAUUGGGACAGAGUGACACAGAAGCAUAUCUAUGGGCCCGAAAAGCUGCCAUUGCAGGUCUGGCCAAAGCUGAGUAUGCUAUGGGAUACUUCACGGAGGUGGGCAUUGGUGUUCCACCCAAUCUCGAGGACGCAAAGCGUUGGUAUUGGCGAGCAGCUGCCCAAGACUUCCCUAAGGCUCGUGAGCGCCUGGAGGAUUUAAAACGGGGUGCAGGCAAGAAUGGCGCACGCCAGCGCGAACGUAUCUCUCGAAGCAAGAUGGACCAGAAGCAGGAGGGCGACUGUGUCGUCAUGUAA